GGGCAUUGCCUUUGUGAUACUUGGAGCUGCGCAAACUGCUGCCCUCCCCAUAGCUACCGUUCUGCCUGGCAACUAUGGCUUGGAAGAUGAGAAUAGCCUGAACCAUGGAGUCCGCAGCACCAGGCACAGCAGCUGGAGCCGUGGGGAGAGGUGGCCAUCUGCAUCUCAGUGCGAGUCGGUUGACGAUGAGGCGAUGGUGGUAUAAAUGACGAUCGGGUGAGGGAACAGAACGAUGCCCAAGAGUGGGUGUUCUAAAACACCACAGCAAGAAGACUUUCCUCUCAGCAACGACAUGGUGGAGAAACAAACCGGGAAAAAGGAUAAAGAUAAAGUUUCUCUACCCAAGACCCCAAAGCUGGACCGCAGUGAUGGAGGGAAGGAGGUGAGAGAGCGCACCACCAAGCGGAAGCUGCCCUUCACGUUGGGGGCCAAUGGAGAGCAGAAGGACUCAGACACAGAGAAGCAGGGUCCCGAGCGGAAGAGGAUCAAGAAGGAGCCUGUUGCCCGCAAAUCUGGGCUGCUAUUUGGCAUGGGGCUCUCUGGGAUCCGGGCCGGCUACCCGCUCUCUGAGCGCCAGCAGGUGGCUCUCCUCAUGCAGAUGACGGCCGAAGAGUCUGCCAACAGCCCAGUAGACACAACACCAAAGCACCCCUCCCAGUCCACAGUGUGUCAGAAGGGGACGCCUAACUCUGCCUCAAAAACCAAAGAUAAAGUGAACAAGAGGAACGAGCGGGGGGAGACCCGCCUGCACCGGGCCGCGAUCCGAGGAGAUGCCCGGCGCAUCAAGGAGCUCAUCAGUGAGGGUGCGGACGUCAACGUCAAGGACUUUGCAGGCUGGACAGCGCUGCAUGAGGCCUGUAACCGAGGCUACUACGAUGUAGCCAAGCAGCUGCUGGCUGCAGGUGCGGAGGUGAACACCAAGGGCCUGGAUGAUGACACGCCCUUGCACGAUGCCGCCAACAACGGCCACUACAAGGUAGUGAAGCUGUUGUUACGGUAUGGGGGGAAUCCUCAGCAGAGCAACCGGAAAGGCGAGACCCCAUUGAAAGUGGCCAAUUCCCCUACGAUGGUGAAUCUGCUGUUAGGCAAAGGCACCUACACAUCCAGUGAAGAGAGCUCCACUGAGAGCUCUGAGGAGGAAGACGCCCCGUCAUUCGCACCAUCCAGCUCAGUCGAUGGCAAUAACACGGACUCUGAGUUUGAGAAAGGCCUGAAGCUCAAGGCCAAGAAUCCAGAGCCACAGAAGACUGUGACCCCUGUCAAGGACGAGUAUGAGUUUGACGAGGAUGAUGAGCAGGACAGGGUCCCCCCAGUGGACGACAAGCACUUGCUAAAGAAGGAUUAUAGGAAAGAGACUAAGUCAAACAGUUUUAUUUCAAUACCCAAAAUGGAAGUUAAGAGUUACACUAAGAACAACACGAUUGCACCAAAGAAAGCAGCCCAUCGUAUCCUGUCAGACACGUCCGACGAGGAGGACACUGGCCUCGCUGUCGGUGCUGGGGAGAAGCUGAGGCUGUCAGCACACUCUAUGCUGCCCAGCAGCAAGGUACGGGAGCCGGCCAACUCCAGGCAGCAGAAAGAAAAAAGCAAAGUGAAGAAGAAGCGAAAGAAAGAGGCAAAAAGCAAAGAAGUUCGGUUUGGAAAGAGGAAUGACAAGUUCUGUUCCUCCGAGUCAGAGAGCGAGUCCUCGGAGAGCGAGGAGGAUGACGAGGACUCUGUGGGGAGCACAGGCUGCCUCAAGGGGUCUCCACUGGUGCUGAAGGACCCCUCCCUGUUCAGCUCACUGUCUGCCUCCUCCACCUCCUCCCACGGCAGUGCUGCGGCCCCAAAGCACGGCGCCAACCACAGUGACCAGCACACCAAGCACUGGCGCACAGACAACUGGAAAGCCAUUUCCUCCCCAGCCUGGUCUGAGGUCAGCUCCCUGUCAGACUCCUCACGGACAGGACUGACGAGCGAGUCUGACUGCCCCUCCGAGGGCUCCAGCGUGGAGUCACUGAAGCCCACACGGAGGAAGCAGGAGCUCCGAAAGAGGGGCAGCCUGCCGAGUGUGCCACCGGAGAAGAGGGGCACCUGCCAUCCCAGCACAGAUGGCGCCGUCCCCAAGCUGGACAAGGAGGGGAAAGUUGUCAAAAAACACAAGACGAAACACAAACACAAAAGCAAGGAGAAGGGGCAGUGCUCCUUGAGCCAGGAACUUAAACUGAAAAGCUUUACGUACGAAUAUGAGGACUGCAAACAAAAGUCAGACAAGGCCAUCCUCUUAGACAAUGACAUUUCCACAGAAAAUAAGCUGAAAGUGCUGAAGCACGAGCGAGACCAUUUUAAGAAAGAAGAGAAACUCAGCAAGCUAAAGUCAGAAGACAAGGAGUGGAUCUUCAAAGACGAGAUGCUGAAGGUCUCCAAAGAGGAGAAGUCGCUGAAGAGGGCCAAAGACCUCAGCAGGUCUUUCCGGGAAGAGAAGGACCGUCCCAGUAAAGUAGAGAGGGAGAAGGUUGUGAAGGAAAAGUCCCCCAGAGAGGAAAAGCUGAGGCUGUACAGAGAGGAGAAGAAGAAAAAAUCCAAAGACCGGCCUUCGAAGUUAGAGAAGAAGAACGACAUAAAAGAGGACCGGACUUGCAAGGAGAAACUCAAAAAGGAGAAAGGUUACAGAGACGAUGCUGCGUUUGAUGAAUACUGCAGCAAAACCCAGUUUCUGGAGAAUGAGGACACCAAAUUCAGCCUUUCCGACGAUCAGCAAGAGAGGUGGUUUUCUGACCUGUCCGAUUCCUCCUUUGAUUUCAAAGGCGAGGACAGCUGGGACUCCCCAGUGACGGACUACAGGGACAUCAAGAGUGACUCUGUGGCCAAGCUCAUCUUAGAGACGGUGAAGGAGGACAGUAAGGAGAAGAAGCGGGACAGCAGAGCCCGGGAGAAGCGGGACUUCAGAGACGCUUUCUUCCGGAAGAGAGACAGAGACCACCUGGACAGGAACUCUGAGAAGAGGAGAGACCAGGUAGAGAAGCACAAGGGCGUCCCCAGCUACCUCUCCGAGAAAGACAAGAGGAGGAGGGAGUCUGCCGAGAGCGGGCGGGAUCGGAGGGAGGGCCUGGACGGCUCCCGGGAGCGCAAGGACGCGGCCCAUCGGGAGGAGGGCCCGAAGGACUGUGGCUGCGAGAGCGCGUUCAGGGACAAGCCAGACCCGGACCUUCCCAAGGGCCUGGAGCCCUGGGAACGGCACCACGCCACGCGAGAGAAGGACAAGAAGGACGGCCUGGAGAAGGACAGGAAAGAGAAGAUGCGGGCGGAGAAGCACAAGGACAAGUCACUGGACAGAGACAAGAGCGAGAAGUCUCUCCUUGAAAAAUGUCAGAAAGACAAGGAAUUUGACAAAUGUUUUAAAGAAAAGAAAGAAGUGAAGGAAAAACACAAAGAAUCCCACAGCAAAGACAGGAAAGCGUCCCUCGACCAAGCGAGAGAGAAGAAGGAGAAGGUGUUCCCUGGGCUUCUCUCAGAAGACUUCUCCGAAAAAAAAGAUGAAAAAAGGAAAGAGAAGAGCUGGUACAUCGCAGACAUAUUCACGGACGAAAGCGAAGAUGAGAAAGAUGACUACAUGGCCAGCAGCUUCAAGGUUGGGGAGGCCGGGGAUGCACAGAGAGGGGACGGCCUCCAGGACAAGGAAGACGGGAGAGAGUCCCAUCUCUCGGACAGACACCGCAAGUCCUCCUCCGACCGGCAACACGCGGACAAACCCAGAGACAAGGAGCCCAAAGAGAAGAAGAAGGACAGAGUGGCUGUCGAAGGUGGGCGGGACAGGAAGGACAAGAUCUCUGAGAAGCACCGGGAGAAGAAGGACAGGGAGUGUGCAGAGAGACACAAGGACAGGAGAGACAGGGCUGCAGUCGACUCUGCCCAAGAGAAGAAGAACAAACAGAAGCUCCCUGAGAAGGUGGAGAAGAAGCACUCCACGGAGGAUAAGGCCAAGAGUAAGCACAAGGAGAAGCUGGAGAAGGAGCACUCCAAAGAGAGAAAGGCCUCUCGGGGCACCGAGGCAGAGAAGAGCCUGCUGGAGAAGCUGGAGGAGGAGGCACUGCACGAGUACCGGGAGGACUCCAACGACAAAGUCAGCGAGGUCUCAUCGGACAGCUUCACAGACCGCGGCCCGGAGCCUGGCCUGAGCGCCCUCCUGGAGGUGUCCUUCUCAGAGCCGCCCGACGACAAGGCCAGAGAGAGCUGCCUCGCGGAGAAACUGAGGGAGAAGGAGAGGCACAGGCACUCCUCAUCCUCCUCCAAGAAGAGCCACGACCGGGAGAGAGCCAAGAAGGAGAAGGCUGAGAAAAAGGCUGAGAAGGGCGAGGACUCCAAGGACGGUGGCAGCAGGAAGGACUCCAGCCAGUACGAGAAGGACUUCCUGGACGCAGAGGCCUACGGGGUCGCCUACACCGUGAAAGCCGACCUCGAAGAGGAGUUGGACAAGACCCUUGAAAUAUUUUCCUCUGAAAAGAAAGAGAGAAAUGAUCCCGAGAGAGAAUCUUCCAAGAAAAUAGAAAAGGAACUAAAGCCUUAUGGAUCUAGUACCCUCAGCAUCCUGAAGGAGAAGAAAAAGAGAGAGAAACACAGGGAGAGGUGGAGAGACGAGAAGGAGAAACACCGGGAGAAGCACGCAGACGGGUUCCUCAGACACCACAAGGAGGAGCCAAAGCCCGCAGCCAAAGACAAGGACAACCCUUCAAACUCCUUCAGGGAGAAGUCCCGGGACGAAAGCCUGAGACUCGGUGAGGCCAAGCUGAAAGAGAAGCUCAAGGAGAGCACGGAGAGGGAAAGGGCCGACUCCGUGAAGAUCGGCAAUGGCAGCGACAGGCUACCACUGGCCAGAGACCUGGGCAAGAAGGACGCCCGGCCCCGGGAGAAGCUCCUGGGAGACGGCGACCUGAUGAUGACGAGCUUCGAGAGGAUGCUGUCCCAGAAGGACCUGGAGGUCGAGGAGCGCCACAAGCGUCACAAGGAGCGCAUGAAGCAGAUGGAGAAGAUGAGGCACAGGUCUGGGGACCCCAAGCUCAAGGACAAGACGAAGCCCACCGACGAGGGGCGCAAGAAGAGCCUGGACGUCCCUCCUAAGAAACCCUUGGGGCCAGACCCUCCCUCCAAGGAGAAGAGACUCAAGGACUCGGCUCCCACACCACCCGCCGCCGAGAGCAAGCUGGGGCCGGGGGCAGAGUGCAAAGACUGGCCGGCAGGGCCGCCCCUCAAGGAGGCCUCGCCUGCCUCCCCCAGGCCUGAGCAGGGCCGGCCCACCGGGGUGCCCACCCCCACCUCCGCGGUGCCGUGCCCCAGCUAUGAGGAGGUGAUGCACACGCCCAGGACACCGUCCUGCAGCGCCGACGACUACCCCGACCUCGUGUUCGAUUGUGCCGACUCCCAGCACUCAAUGCCUGUCUCUGCCACAUCUGCCAGCACUUGCUCUCCACCGUUUUUUGAUAGGUUCUCUGUGGCCUCCAGUGGGGUUUCAGAUAACCCGGGCCAGACACCCACAAGGCCUGUCUGCACCAACCUGUACCGCUCCAUCUCUGUGGACGUCAGGAGAACGCCCGAGGAGGAGUUCAGUGUUGGGGACAAGCUGUUUAGGCAGCAGAGUGUCCCUGCGGCCUCCAGCUUCGACUCCCCUGUGCAGCACCUGCUGGAAGACAAGGCCCCGCCACCACCUGUUCCCACAGAGAAGUUCACCUGCCUGUCCCCCGGGUACUACUCCCCCGACUACGGCAUCCCCUCAGGCAUCCCUUCACCCAAGGUGGACACUCUCCACUGCGCCCCUGCCUCCACGGUCAGCACCACACCCUCCCCUGAGGGCAUCUUCUCCGCCUUACCAGCAAAAGCCUCUCCUCCCAGAGGUGAGCUGUUAGCCCCAGCUGUGGAGGGGGCCCUUCCCCCGGACCUGUGCCUCCCUCUGGAUGCCACAGAGGACCAGCAGGCCACAGCCGCCAUCAUCCCCCCAGAGCCCAGCUACCUGGAACCCUUGGAUGAGGGCCCCUUCAGCACUGUCAUCACCGAGGAGCCUGUGGAAUGGGCACACCCCAUGGCUGAGCAGGCCCUUUCUUCCUCCUUGGUCACCGGUGCCUCCGAUAACCCUGUCAGCUGGCCUGUGGGCACCGACCUCCUGCUGAAGUCCCCCCAGACGUUCCCAGAGUCCCCAAAACAUUACUGCCCUGCUGAGUCCCUCCACACUGCCACCCCAGGGCCCUUCGGUGCUGCAGAGGCCCCGUACCCCGCCUCUCCUGUCUCUUACCCUCUGCCAGCCGCCGAGCCAGACCUGGAGGGAGUCAAAGACGACGGGGUGGGAGCUAUCGCUGUCACCAUCUCCACCACCACCGAGGGAGCCACCCCUUACACCACCCCUGCCAGGCUCGAGUCCUUCUUUGGCAGCUGCAAGCCACUCCCAGAGGCACCCCUUGACCAGGUACCUGAGCCCACGUGUGUCUCCACGGUGGCCCAGGUAGAGGCCCUCGGAGCCCUGGAAACCAGCUUCUUGGACAGUGGUCAUAGCCUGGCUGCCCUUGGCCAGGUGGAGCCCGUGCCCUGGCACGAUGCCUUCACCAGCGCCGAGGACGACCUAGAUCUAGGACCCUUCUCACUGCCAGAGCUCCCUCUGCAGCCCAAGGAUCCCCCAGAUGUUGGAAUGGAGCCUGCAGAAGGAAGCCCCGUUCCCCCGGGAGAGGCUCUCCCUGUCCCCCCUGGGGUCAGCAGUGAGGGAGAUGGCCUUGUGGCCGUGGCCGAGGGUCAGCCCGCACCACCUCCCGAGCAGGCUGGCCCCCGACUCCCUGCCGAGCUCGAGCCCUCAGAGGAGCCGAAGCUGGAUGUGGUUCUGGAAGCCACCGUGGAAGCAGAGGCGGUGGUGGACGAGCAGGCCCCUGAGGACCUGGAUUCCAGCUCAGUUCCUCUGCCCACCACCCCAGAACAGCAUCCCCUGGAGGGCGGAGAUGAGGUCGGGGCUGAAGACCCUGCGGCUGCUCCCCACUGCACCUCUGGCGGCCCGCCCCAGGACAUCCCUCCACAGGCCCAGGAUGAUUCAGAGGCCCCCUCGGCUGCCACUCCAGCCGAGGGGCCUCCGGCCAGCGUGCAGCCAGAAGCUGCAGAGCCAGAGCCCAGGCCUGCGGCCGAAGCCCCCAAGGCCCCCCGGGUGGAGGAGGUGGUUCCUCAGCGCAUGACCAGGACCCGGGCCCAGAUGCUGGCCAGUCAGAGCAAGCAGGGCCCGCCACCUGCAGAGAAGGAGCCUGCACCUGCGCCCACGUCAGCCUCCCGAACUAAGGCCCGCGCCCUCGAGGAGGACGACGCCCAGGCCCAGCACCCGCGCAAGCGCCGCUUUCAGCGCUCCAGCCAGCAGAUACAGCAGCAGCUGCACACGUCCACGCAGCAGACACGGGAGGUCAUCCAGCAGACACUGGCCGCCAUCGUGGACGCUAUCAAGCUGGACGACAUUGAGCCCUAUCACAGUGACAGAUCCAAUCCCUACUUUGAGUACCUUCAGAUCAGAAAGAAGAUCGAAGAGAAGCGCAAGAUCCUCUGCUACAUCACACCGCAGGCCCCACAGUGCUACGCUGAGUACGUCACCUACACGGGGUCCUACCUCUUAGACGGCAAGCCACUCAGCAAACUCCACAUCCCCGUGAUUGCGCCCCCACCCUCCCUGGCGGAGCCCCUGAAGGAGCUCUUCAAGCAGCAGGAAGCUGUGCGGGGGAAGCUGCGUCUGCAGCACAGCAUUGAGCGGGAGAAGCUGAUAGUGUCCUGUGAGCAGGAGAUCCUGCGGGUCCACUGCCGGGCAGCCCGGACCAUCGCCAAUCAGGCGGUGCCCUUCAGCGCCUGCACGAUGCUGUUGGACUCUGAAGUCUACAACAUGCCUCUGGAGAGCCAGGGGGAUGAGAACAAGUCGGUGCGAGAUCGCUUCAAUGCCCGCCAGUUCAUCUCCUGGCUACAGGACGUGGAUGACAAAUACGACCGCAUGAAGACGUGUCUCCUGAUGCGGCAGCAGCACGAGGCGGCGGCCCUCAACGCCGUGCAGAGGAUGGAGUGGCAGCUGAAGGCGCAGGAGCUGGACCCUGCCGGGCACAAGUCCCUGUGCGUGAACGAGGUGCCCUCCUUCUACGUGCCCAUGGUUGACGUCAACGACGAUUUUGUGCUGCUGCCAGCGUGACACCCACAGGAGGGCCGUAGGACAGGCGAGGGCCACUCAGUCGCCAGUGCUGCCAAUGAGUCCCAGCGGUGGAGGACGAGAGGAGCGCACCGCCAGGUGGGAGGAGCGAGACUGCACCUGGCCCGGGCCUCCCCUUCCAGACUGGCUGGAGGCUAGGGAGAUGGAGCUCGUCCCUUUACCAGCUGCUGCAGGAGCACUAGGCCCGGCACCGCAGCCUGCCGCCCGGCAGGAAGAGGAGACCGAGGUGUGAGGGGCCGGCGGCUCCGCUCCGUCUUGGAGAACGGCGCCCAAGAGUGGCCGCAGGACAGAGCGCUUCAGAUCCUCGUUCAUUCUGGUCAUCUGGAGGACGUGAACCACGGAGUCACCCCCUCCAGGUCCCCCUGGAGUGACUUCCAGGUCAGAGGCAGGACAGCACCAUCUUGGCCCCACCCUCGGGGCAGACGGGGACGCUGAGGACCCUGGUGUGGUGAGGGCCCGGCCGCCACCUGUCUGGCGGCAGAGGGAUGCAGCCAGGACUCUCCAACAGUGUUUUUAAUGGAGUCAAAUCCACGUGGUUUGUAUAUUUUUUCCUUUAAUCUUGGGCAUUUUGUUUCUCUUUCUGAGAACGUAACUUGAAACACUACAGAGCCAAUAAUCCUAUACAGAGUGUAUCCGCGGACGCUGUACAGUUUUAUAUACCUUCACAAUGUACUUUGCUGCCUUCUAGAUAAUUUAUUUUGCAACACAUUACUGCACAGUUGUAAAUAACUUAUGUACUGUAACAUCACUUUCAGUUAUGUGUAAAGAAAUAAAUAAAUUAAUUAAAAUGCUCUUUGUACAUAAUACACACACAGCUC